AUGGCUGCCAGCGACAACAUACCCAUUGAAUUUUUUAAUGUUUGUGGCAAUUCCUUCUACUUUGAAAUUAUUAACGCUUUCCUCACAAAAACAGAUCUGCAAACAGAUGCUUUCAGGUCUUCCUCCAACGGUUCAAAGCAGUGUUGGAUACAAAGUAUGGAUAGAAAAUACCUAGUUUUAAAGACUUCAGAGGACUUUGAUUUCCAGGACAGGAAUUCAGAGGAACGACAACAGUCUGACUGCACAUUCAAAAUCCAGAUUUAUCAGGACACUUCAAAAAAUGAGACACAGCCAGUCAUGCUAUAUACCAAAAAAUCAGAGAAUCAGGCAAUGGUGGUAUGCUGCCAGAAUACCAGAGAGGUUAUUCCUAAGACCAUGGAUGUGCACAUCUUCAUCCCUGAAAGAAAGAUUAAUGACACGGGACACAAGGCCUUGUUCUACUGGAAGAAAAUCUCCAGUAACAUGUAUACAUUUGAGUCCACCGUGUAUAAAGGGCAUUUUCUAGCAUUUGAGCCCAUCGAGGAUCCUUCCUGCUUGAUGAAACUGACCCUGCGCUCUUCGGAUGAAGUGGAUGACUCCACCAAGAUCUUUGUGACUUUCCAAACAUGAGCAGAAACUUAUGAAAGUCAGCACAAAGUACAAGAGAAAAUAAAACCUGAACUUUAUUUGGUCAAAGGGUUUGGCCACGCAGCACGUCGCCCCAGUUCUGAUC